AUGACUAUCCGCUCCGAAAUCCUCCAAACUAUUCAAAACUUCCUCGCCCAAGAAGUUAAACCUAAAAAAGCUUACCGAGCCUUUACCGCCAACUUAAAAAGGUUAAGUGAAACCCCUCGCCUACAAGAUUUAACCUUCAAAGAAGCCGAACUAAGCCAAAUUCAGGCUAAAUUUGCCCAAUGGUUAGAAUCCGCGCAAAAGAAGACUAAACCAACCUUGUCCAAACCGUCUUCCCCUUCUCCGCUUAGCAAUUGA